AGCAGGAUGGAGAGCAAGGCCGUGGACCUCCACACCUUCUCCGAGCGGGAGAACGGAUCCGUGCUGGAGGAGCCCUUGGAGGGACGGAGCCUUUCCAAGCUGAACCUCUGCGAGGAUGAUCCCGGCCCGAGGAGGCGGCCCUGGCCGUGCCGCGGCCGGGUGGGCUCGGUGGCGGCGCUGAAAUAUUCCGUGGUGGGGCUCUACCUCCUGGUGCUCCUCAUCCUGGUGGGAAUCUUCAUCCUGGCAGUGUCCCGGCCCCAGGCGUCCCCCGAGGAGCUGCAGGCGCUGCUGGGCGACGUCCGGCGCCUCAACGAGACCUUGCGCCAGCUGCAGCUGCAGCUGCUGCACCCGCCGCCCAGGGCCGAGCUGCUGGAGCACGUCUGGCGGCUGCAGGACCUGCUGCAGAACCACUCGGACGCGCUGCUGCUGCUGUCGGGCUCGCUGCAGCGGCUGCAGGGGCUCCUGGGGGGCCUGCAGGGCCAGGCCGGCCAGGCCGAGCGCUCGCUGGCGCGGCUGCGGGACGCGCUGGCCCAGCAGGGCGACGCGGCCCAGCUGGAGCUGUCGCGGCUCUGGGUGGACGCCAACGGCAGCCGGCUGCUCCUGGAGCACCACCAGCACCUCCUGGGCCACCUGGGCGGGCGGCUGGACGCCCUGGGCGAGCAGGUGGCCGUGCUGGGCGGGGCCGUGGAUUCCAUGAACCGCAGCUUCUCCUACGACGUCCGCGUGCAGCAUUCCCGGCUCCGGGACCUGCAGGGGCUCCUGGGCAACGCCAGCGCGGACGCGUGGAGGAUGCGGGCGGCGCACGCGGCCAUGGAGCGGCAGCUGAGGCUGGAGCUGGCCCUGCUCAACAACGUCACCGAGGAGCUGCGCAUGAAGGACUGGGAGCAUUCCGUGGCGCUCCGGAACAUCUCCGUGAUCCGGGGACCACCGGGACCCAAAGGAGACCGAGGCACGGAAGGGAUGGAGGGAGAGCCCGGCCUUCCCGGCCUUCCCGGGGUCCGAGGGUUUCCCGGGGAGCGGGGGCUGCCCGGCCCGCAAGGAUUGAAGGGGGACCAGGGAGAGCUCGGCCCUCGCGGCCCCGCGGGAACGCGCGGGUUCAAAGGCGAGCGCGGCCCCAAGGGGGACAAGGGGGACAAGGGGGACAAGGGGGACCGAGGAGCCGCUGACGGCACCGGCCCGGCCGAGGGCGCGGUGCGGCUGGUGAACGGCUCCGGGGGGCACGAGGGGCGCCUGGAGAUCUUCCACGAGCGCCGCUGGGGCUCGGUCUGCGACGACGGCUGGGACCGGCGCGACGGCGACGUGGCGUGCCGCAUGCUCGGCUUCCCCGGCGCCGCCGACGUCUUCCGCAUGGCGCGCUUCGGGCAAGGCUCGGGGCAGAUCUGGAUGGACGACGUGUCGUGCGCGGGCACCGAGGCGGCGCUGGAGCUCUGCCCCUUCUCGGGCUGGGGCCGCAGCAACUGCGGGCACGCCGAGGACGCCGGCCUGCGCUGCCGGACGGACUGACGGACACGCGGGGACACACGGACCGACGGACACGCCGGCACGGACCGACGGACACGCGGGGACUGACUGACACACGGGGGGACGGACUGACGGACACGCGGGCACGGAAUGACAGACACGCAGGGACUGAUGGACACGGGGGCACGGACUGACUGACGGACACCCGGGGACUGAUGGACAUGGGGGGACAGACUGACCCACAGAAGGACGGACACGGGGGGACAGACGGACACGCAGGCAUGGACUGCCAGAUGAACACGGGGGGAUGGACUGACAGACACGCGGGGACAGACUGACCCACAGAGGGAUAGACUGACCCACGGAGGGACUGACGGACACGGGGGGACUGACGGACCCCAAGGGACAGACGGACCCCAAACCCGCCCCACAGAGGGACUGACCCCAAACCUGCCCCGAAGGAGAAAUCCCAAACCCGUUCCGAAGGGAAACCCCAAAUCCGUCCCAAAGGACAAAUCCCAAACCUGCUCCUAGGGACUGACCCCAAAUCCAUCCUGAAGGGGAAAUCCCAAACCUGCCCCGAAGGGAAACCCCAAAGACAACCUGAAGGGGCAGGGAAUGACCCCAAACCCGUCCUGAAGAGACCAGGGCAAGACCCCAAACCCAGCCCAAAGGAAACCCCAAACUCAUCCGAAAGGGGAAACCCCAACUCCAUCUGAAAAGGAAACCCCAAAUCCAUCCUGAACGGGGAAAAUCCCAAAUCCAACCCACAUGGGGAAACCCCAAAUCCAUCCCGAAUGGGGAAAAUCCCAAAUCCAUCCCAAAAGGAAACCCCAAAUGGGGAAACCCCAAAUCCAUCCCAAAAGGAAACCCUAAACCCAUCCCAAAGGGGAAAUCCCAAAUCCAUCUGAAAACAAAACCCCCAAAUCCAUCCCAAAGGGAAAACCCCAAAUCCAUCCCAAAAGGAAAUCCCAAAUCUAUCCCAAAGGGGAAACCCCAAAUCCAUCCAAAGGGGAUGGCCCCAAAUCCAUCCCAAACAGGAAAAACCCCAAAUCCAACCCAAAAGGAAACCCCAAAUCCACCCCAAAGGGGCCGGGAAUGGGAUCAUUCCCAGAGAAAUAAAGGAUUUAUGCUUCUC